CAGCAGACAACACGACCACACACCGGUGUAUACCGCACCGCAUUCACUCGCUUAACCCGACGCUCGACGAAUCACCCGCGCAACUUCUAUUCCCUCACCACCACCACUACCCGCCAAAGUCGUCAACAUGCGUUUCGCUGUCGCUGCUUCCCUCGCUGGCCUCUCCGCCGUCGCCGUCGCUGAUGGCGGCUGGAGUUACGGUAGCUACAGCCCCCCACCAUCCAACAGCUCUACAGGCGUCACCGGCGGCACCACUGCUGCUCCCGUCUUGCCAGGCGCCCAGCCGCCAUCCUACACCACCGAGGUCGUCACCCAGUUGACCACUUACUGCCCGCAAGCGACUCAGAUCACCCACGGCGGAGUCACCUACACCGUGACCGAGGCCACCACACUCACCAUCACCAACUGCCCGUGUACCGUGACAAAGCCAGUCUACUCCAGCACUGCAGUUCCACCAUACCCAUCAGGCAACGUCACCACCCCAGGCGUGCCCGUGAAGCCAACCGGAACCGGCGCACUCCCGCCACCAGCCGCCACCAGCCCCAUCCCUCCAGCCUACACCGGAGCUGCCACCAAGGCCUCGUUCGGUGUCAUUCUCGCAGCUGCUGGUUUCAUCGCCGCCCUCUAAGCGUCGAGCUUGGAGCGCGGGUGAUGAGGAUGGGUGGCAUGAACGAACAGUCUUGAAUGUUGAGCUUGGGAACUCACAGCACGACAACGACAACGACAACAACAACAUCGAACGAAAGACGGCAUCACGCAUUUUGGCUUUGGCUUCCCUCUCCUCCUCCUCCGAUUCGACCUUGUAAUUCAAGAUCUCUCUAAUGCACAUUUGUCCCAAGAAGGAAGAAGAAGCGCAGAAGAAUCUAACGAACAGCUGGGAUACGGCGGCAGUGACUUAGGAUCUUUUUUUUAUCGACGACAACAUCCUCCUACUUUGUCUAUCUACUACCAUUUUUCCUUUCGAUAUAUUGUUGCUAGGUGUUUUUUUCGAAACGACUAUCGGCGUCGAGGUGUAGCUUUGUAGAUAACCAUCCCCGACCAUGGCCAUACCCCCGACACCUACACUGCUAGCCAUGGUUGAGAGAAGAAGAAGAAGAAGAAGAAGAUUGUAUCUAAUACGCGCCGCUAGAAGAUCGAGUUUCACCAAGCAACAACCCCCUUCGCUUCUUC